CCACUCGCUGAGCGCGUUCGACCUACUACCCUCGAUCAAUGUAUAGCUUCUCCAGAUCUGAUUGGAGGGGGUGCAGGAUCAAAACCAGGCUUAAUACCGACCCUUCUUCAAACCGGCUCAUCAAUAACACUCUGGGGGCCUCCAGGUUCAGGAAAGACUACAAUAGCAAGAUGUUUAGCAGCUGGAUCAAAUCAUACGUUUUGCGAAUUAUCCGGUACAGAUUUUGGUGCGGCUGAAUGGAGGAAAUCAAUUAAUGAUCAUACUUCAAGAAUCAAUCCUUGGAAACGUUCUUCUUCCUCUUCUAGUGCGAUUCCUUUACGAAGACUUAUUGUUUUUAUAGAUGAUGCACAGCGUUUGAAUAAGACUCAACAAGAUUUACUUCUACCUCAUAUUGAUUCAGGAGAAGUCAUGAUGAUUUUAUCAAGUACAGAGAAUCCAUCCUUCAAAUUCACAAAUAGAUUAAUGUCCAGAACCCGUUUAAUCGAACUCAAACCUCAUUCUCACGCAAAUACAUUAUCUAUUCUUAAAAGAGCCUCUGAACUUGAAUCUUUUAAAUUCGAAGAAGAAGAAGAAAUUCUAAGUAGGAUUUCUAGGGCUGCUGAUGGUGAUGCUAGAGUUGCUUUAAAUCAUUUAGAUAUCUUGAUUCAUUUUUCUAAAUCUUCUGAAACUUCCAUCAAAUUUGAUGAACUCUCUGACAUACUUGGAAAACGGUAUGUUUUUUAUGACAACGACGGUGAUUGUCAUUAUGAUAUGAUUUCAGCUCUGCAUAAAAGCGUCAGAGGAAGUGAUCCAAAUGCUGCAUUAUAUUGGUUAGCAAGAAUGUUAGAAGGAGGAGAAGAUCCAUUAUAUGUGGCACGUCGAUUGGUUAGAAUGGCGUCUGAAGAUAUAGGUGCAGGUAAUCCUGACGCUCUAACUCAAGCCGUAAGUGCUUUUCAAGCAACCCAACUGAUCGGUAUGCCUGAAGCUGAUACAAUCUUGGCUCAAGUUGUGGUGAUGCUAGCCGAGUCACCUAAAAGUGUAAGAUCUUAUAAAGCGUAUAAGCGAGCAAAAACGUUGGUUGCCAAUUCGCCAGCUCACCCAGUUCCAAUUCAUCUACGAAACGCUCCAACUAAAAUGAUGGAACAGUUAGGAUAUGGAGCCGAUUAUAAAUACGAACCUGGAUAUGCUCAUCCAAUAGCCCAAGAAUUUUGGCCAGUAGGAAUCGAUUCAAAUCAAAGACAACUUUUAGCAGAAAGUGGAUCUUCUACAGGUGAGGCUAGCUCAGGCAAAAGCGUAGAUUUGAAAUUAUUAAAAGAAUGGGAAGACGUUAAAAAUGAUGGAGUACCUUGGCAAGGACGAUCGGGAUUGAAACUUGGAGAGUAG